AUGGAUGGAAGAAGUUCUGCUGCUGAAUCCUCUUUGAGAACGGGCCCUCCAUCUACUACAUAUGCUGAUAAAGUGUUUGAAAAUGACAUGAACAUUGCUAUCAGAUUGACUGAAAAAGCCUACGAGAAUUGUUUGUUUAGAGGCACUAAGAAUGGGUUUUACGACUUGCAAGCUGCUCGAGAUGAGUAUAGGCUCUCUUGCGGCAGUGGUGGCAUGAAUCAAGAACUUGAUACUGAGUUUAUGGAUGUGCAAACACGCCUCAUUGAACCAAUCUGUCCUCAGUUUGCAGAGCAUGUUUGGAGGGAACUUUUGAAGAAGGAAGGCUCUGUGGUAAAGCAGGCUGGCCAACAUCAGAUGAGCCAGAUUUGGUUCUCAAGGAGCAUCUAUAAGGAGCAUCUAGAGGCUAGCGUUGCUCUUCUUAGAAAGCUUGUAGACGAAUGGAAGGACCAUUCCCCUAAAUUAUCAUCAUCACCACAUGAUACUCUCACUGUCAAUCGAACUAUGAAUUGCUUCAGGCUUCUUCUGGCGUUGUUUCCCGAUGGCAAAGCUGUUUAUGAUAGCCUUGGUGAUGUUAUAUGCCGUGGUGAUAAAAGAGUCAUAAGAGAAGGCCGCAAAAGCUUCCCAAGCGGACACAGCUCAUGGAAGAAACAAGAGAAAAUGGCUAUGGCUAUGGAUCGGAUCGUCCUUUCCCCUUCAUCUUGCGUCUAUCGUCGUCCUUCUCAAGCUCGGCGAUCCAGAUCUUCCAGUGUCUUCAUGGCUUCUACCAUUCGCUCUGUUUCUACGAAACUGUAUAUCCCUCCUAGAGAGGUGCAUGUGCAAGUGAAACAUUCCAUGCCGCCACAAAAGCUGGAGAUCUUCAAGUCCUUAGAAGGAUGGGCUGAUGAGACCCUCCUGACGUAUCUAAAACCUGUUGAGAAAUCUUGGCAGCCGACAGAUUUCCUCCCUGAGCCUGAGUCAGAAGGAUUCUAUGACCAAGUCAAGGAGUUGAGAGAAAGGUGUAAGGAGCUUCCCGAUGACUACUUUGUGGUUCUUGUUGGGGACAUGAUCACAGAGGAAGCACUUCCGACUUACCAGACCAUGUUGAACACCUUGGAUGGUGUUAGGGAUGAGACAGGCGCAAGUCCUACUCCUUGGGCUGUGUGGACUAGGGCUUGGACUGCUGAAGAGAAUAGGCAUGGUGAUCUUCUUAACAAGUAUCUUUACUUGUCUGGUCGAGUGGACAUGAGGCAGAUUGAAAAGACAAUCCAGUACCUUAUUGGUUCUGGAAUGGAUCCAAAAACUGAAAACAACCCUUACUUGGGUUUCAUCUACACUUCGUUUCAAGAAAGAGCGACCUUCAUCUCCCAUGGAAACACUGCGAGGCACGCGAAGGAACUUGGAGAUUUGAAACUUGCUCAGAUAUGCGGGACCAUUGCUGCUGAUGAGAAGCGCCACGAGACUGCCUACACCAAGAUUGUGGAGAAGCUCUUUGAAAUCGACGCUGAUGGCACGAUCUUGGGCUUGGCUGAUAUGAUGAAGAAGAAGAUCUCGAUGCCUGCACAUUUGAUGUAUGACGGCCAAGAUGAUAACCUCUUUGAGCACUUCUCAACCGUUGCACAGAGGCUUGGUGUCUACACCGCCAAGGACUAUGCUGAUAUUCUGGAGUUUCUUGUUCAACGGUGGAACGUUGAGACUUUGUCAGGCCUUUCUAGUGAAGGACAUAGGGCUCAGGACUUUGUCUGCGGACUACCUGCAAGAAUCCGUAGAAUUGAAGAGAGAGCUCAAGGAAGAGCCAAAGAAGCAUCCAAAAACGUACCAUUCAGCUGGAUCUUUGGUCGAGAGAUCAGGGCUUAA